AUGACUUCAUCUUUGGGUUCAGCAAAUGUUCUUGAGGAAGAUCAAUCCAUGGACCCGACACCCUUAAUUCAAUCAAGAUCAUCACAAGAAGAUAGUUCAGAGAUAGUUGAGGAAGUUACAUAUGAUCUCCUCCGGGCAGCAAUAGCAUUAUCAGUGGGAGAACAUAUUAAAGAGCACACUUCCCUAAUCUACAUAGGGAGAGAGUUUGAGGGCCAUGAGGAGGAAGCAAAUGAGGAACCCAGUGAGGGGGAGGUCACUGAAGAAGAGGAUGACGAUGAUGACGAUGAUGAUGAUGAUGGGAAUGAGUGUGAGGAAGACGAUGAUGAGAAUGAUAACGAUGAUAAUUAUCUAGACUGGGAUGAUUACCUCGGGCCAUGGAACCAGAAUGUGGAUGACAAGUUUGAAUAUUACUCACCCGAGCAUCCAACUUAUCACUCAGUAAAUGCUAUUGGUGGUGAUGACUUGAUAGUUGAUCUGACUGGUAUUCUUCCCACCCUUUGUAUAGAAGGGGAUGAUUCCAUGUCAAAUUCAGGAAAUGAUGAUGAGUCAAAUGAAUAG